UGGAGCAACGCCGCGACAGACCAAUCAGCGAGCAGCAGUGUAGAGGCGGGAGGAAGAGGAGACGGGUUUAUGUUGUGUAGCCGCGCUGAAGGACUCGAACCAUUCAUCAGGCAAAUGGCGGAGAUCGCGGACAGGAUGGAGGUGUCACAGGGGGAGAGCUCGGAGAAGCCUGCUGCUGAGGACAUGACGUCCAAGGACUACUACUUCGACUCCUACGCUCACUUCGGGAUCCAUGAGGAGAUGCUGAAGGAUGAAGUGCGCACCCUCACCUACAGGAACUCCAUGUUCCACAACAAGCACCUGUUCAAAGACAAGGUGGUGCUGGACGUGGGCAGUGGCACCGGCAUCCUGUGCAUGUUUGCAGCCAAGGCCGGAGCCAAGAAAGUCAUUGGAAUUGAGUGCAGCAGCAUAUCUGACUAUGCGGUGAAGAUCGUCAAGGCCAACAAGCUGGAUCACAUUGUGACCAUUAUAAAGGGUAAGGUAGAGGAGGUGGAGCUCCCAGUGGAUCAUGUAGACAUCAUCAUCUCUGAGUGGAUGGGUUACUGCCUGUUCUACGAGUCCAUGCUCAACACUGUCAUCUACGCCCGAGACAAGUGGCUGAAACCCGACGGACUGAUUUUCCCGGACAGAGCCACGCUGUACAUCACUGCUAUCGAGGACCGGCAGUACAAGGACUAUAAAAUCCACUGGUGGGAGAACGUAUAUGGCUUCGACAUGUCCUGCAUUAAGGAGGUGGCCAUCAAGGAGCCGCUGGUGGACGUUGUAGAUCCCAAACAGCUGGUCAGCAGUUCCUGCCUCGUCAAGGAGGUGGACAUCUACACGGUGAAGAUUGAGGAUCUGUCCUUCACCUCACCCUUCUGCCUGCAGGUGAAGAGGAAUGACUACAUUCACGCUCUGGUCACUUACUUCAACAUCGAGUUCACACGCUGCCACAAGAGAACCGGCUUCUCCACCAGUCCAGAGUCUCCGUACACCCACUGGAAGCAGACUGUCUUUUAUCUGGACGAUUAUCUGACGGUGAAGACUGGAGAGGAGAUCUUUGGCACCAUCAGCAUGAAACCCAACAUCAAGAACAAUAGAGACCUGGACUUCACUGUAGACAUCGACUUCAAGGGUCAGCUCUGUGAGAUGUCCAAGACCUUGGAGUACAGGAUGCGUUAAAUCUCCUGUGUGUGCGUGUGUUAUUGGGGGAGGGGCACCUGAGGGAGGGGUGUGUGUGUGUGUGUGUGUGUGUGUGUGUGUAUGCGCGCGUGCACGCUCAUUCCUUUUAGCUGGAGCUCUUGUGCUGAUGGAGAUGGUCACUGAAGGACUUUUCUACACAUACACACGGACACUUUGAGUUUCUGUACAGUGAUGGACGACGCAGUGGUGUUUUUAUUGUGCAAUAUUCACACGCAAUGCGUUUGUGUUUUUUCCCCUGUACUGGAGUUUUUUCCACCCAGUAACAAGGUGUCUUGAUAUUUCUCUCUCUCACACACACACACACACACACACACACAGGCUCCCUGUCGCCUGUACAUAGUGUUCAUGUUCAGCCACUCUGACCUGUUGUGCAGUCAUGGAUCCUGUCGUCAUGGCAACGCGCCUGUCCUGUUUGAUUUUUAGUCUUUAGUUGGUAAGAAGAGCCUCCUGUGACGGUUUGUUGCUCCUCUCUCCCUCAGUGUGUGUGUUUGGGGGCAAACGCAAGCCGGUCAUUGGUGUAUUUUUGAAACUCUGUGUACUAAUCCACCAUCUUCUGUGUUGAAGGGUCAUGUUACGCAUUCAGGCCGCAGUUUGGAGCCUGAGCCCGGCUCUGUUAUUGGUUGAAGGCGUGUCCUCGUCCUGUUCUUACUCUGCAGUGUGUCCAGUUUGGUCACUAGAGGGCACUCUAAUAAUGGUUCACUCUGCUUUUAUUUUUCCAUUAAAAUCACAAAGCUGUGUUUUUGUUUUUGGUUUUUUUUUUAACUGACUUUUUGUCAGAGGGAGAAGGAAUCCCCCUGGGUGCAGAUUUCGGGCCGGUGGUGUUUUUGUCCUUUUUGCUGUAAUAAAAUGAGCUCCAGCGUCUGCUGUUGAACACCUCACUGCAAUCCGCCGGACACUGAACCGGUUACUGCACCGCCCGGUUUGGGUUUGACUCCGCCUCAUGUAGAUCUGAGAAAUGGCCGCUUCCUGAAAGCUCUCCUGACCCUAAAGACCUGGCCUGGGCUCAGCGUCUCCUUUAGGUUUAAUCAGUGUAGUGUUCUCCGAGUGUGUCGCACUUCAGUUCCUCUUCAUCACUGCUCUGGGCUUCAGCUGCCUCCAUUAGAAGUACAUUCAAUUUUUCUGCAUUUUUUUUAAUAAAACAAUAAAAUUGGGAGAAAAAUCUU